AUGACUUGCGAAGUGUUUGAGCUGAAGGAGCUGUUGCUCGAGCAUUAUCAAAUCCGCGAAGUCUUACGAUGUCUGCUCCACACCAUCAUGUUCCAUCGGGCACUGGGUCUCGUACGACCCAAGAGCAUCGACUCAGAGCUCUUCGAUAUCACCUAUGUGCAGUGCGGGGAUGCAGAGGUGGAGAGACAGAUAGAGGAGAAGAUUGGCCAGUUUAGUCUAUGGCUUGAAAAGAACCCCACAAAGAAGGGACAGAUCUGCCUUUCGUUCUUUGAGAAGCGUCGUCCAAUCACAAGCUCCAGCUCAUCAGCCACGUCAUCCGGUGAGCAAACCGCGUGGAUCAAGAAGAAUGCCGAAGCCUACCUCUACCUCCUCAACUCCGUCCAAGAUCAAUAUGCCAAGUCAUUACUCACGUGCGCGAGUCAUCCCGACAGUGCCAAGCGUGCAUGGGAGAGGCUCACACGACUUCAUCAACCUCGCACCGAGAGCACCAAGGCGGAAAUGUGGGGCAAGAUCUCCAACUUGCGGAUGGAGCAAAAGGAGACGAUUCCCGAGUACUUGGAGCGCGCGGAGAUUCUACUCAACGAUGCCGACGUCAUCGAAGUCACCGUUCCCGAGGAGCUCUUCAUCACGAUUCUCCUCGCGGGGCUUUCAUCGGAAUGGAUUCAAAUGCGGAGCACAAUACAAGCUUUUCCCGAGAAGCAAAAGACGCGCGACUUCAUCUUCAACACCCUAAUCAACGAGCAUCAAACACGCGAGCUUGCUAAGUCAAAGGAGGAGAACAACAAACCGGCAUGUUUUGCCAUGACUUCAUCCGCGCCCACAUCGACGUUCGAUCCCGACUAUUGGUACCUCGAUAGUGGGUGCGACCAACACAUGACUCCUAACUCCUCCCUCUUACAUUCUCUCACCACCACAGGAGUAAAGUCCGUCACCGUCGCCAACAAGGAGUCAACUCCCACCGCGGGAGAAGGAAUUCUCACCUUUCUCAACCCCACCGGCAAGCCGGUUUCCAUCUCAGGUGUCCUCCUCGUUCCCAACCUUGGAGCCAACCUAUUGUCGGUUGGACAACUCGAGGAGAAAGACUGCAUCUUUUCCUUCGAAAGUGGUACCGUGCAGAUACGCUACCAGGGACUCCUCAUUGCACGUGGCGAGCGAGUUGGUCGCCUCUACCGCCUCAAGCUCGACGUGAACCCAGAGACUCACCACAACACCCGCAGUGGAGCCCUCUCCAAGUGCACCUGCUGGAGAUACCACACCAUCUCCACCUAUACCUGA